CAAAGCUUAAAAGAAAUUCCUCCUGAGGAUCCUCCAUUGACUAAUCUCGGGGCACCUAUUGACCAAUAUGCCACCACCGGAAUCACAAAGCUCAACCCCUCGGUCGUUUACGAGCCAGACCGUGUCUGCGGAAGAUUUGCUCAAGUCGCAGACAGUUGGUUUGGUCCAUCUUUCCGAUUUUCGCAAACGUCGCGCAGAGGUUCUCGAACAGAAGGAAAGAGAGGCACAUGACAGGUCGCUAGGGAGGUUUACAGCCGGUAAUUCAAGAGGUGCCACCCCUUCUACGGGUGACGUAACUGACGGAACUUCAACCCCGAGGAGUGACGGUCCACCAAAGAAGAAGAAGAAGAAGCCGGUUAAAAGCAAGCUCUCUUUCGGGGAUGAUUACGAUGAAACGGAGGAAGACUCCUCGGCCACUCCACGGGAGUUGAGUGUCCCGCGAUCAGCUUCCAAGACACCAAUGGAGGAUAGUGAAAAAUCAAUUUCACGACGCAUCACGCCGAAUCCAAAUGCCAGGCCGCCGCCCAGGGCAAUGACAAAAGCGGCUCUGGAGGCGGAGGCAGAGGCUCGGGAUAACCUCCGAAAAGAAUUUCUGGUAAUGCAAGAAGCAGUGAAGAACACUGAAAUCUUGAUACCGUUUGUUUUCUACGAUGGCACAAAUAUUCCCGCGGGGACAGUGAAAGUCAAGAAAGGCGAUCCUAUCUGGCUGUUCUUAGAUAGGUGUCGAAAGGUGGGCGCGCACUUGGGCGUUGGCGGUGCAAAUGGGGCUUCUAAGGCCCGAAAAGACAACCGUCGCGAAUGGGCCCGAGUCAGUGUCGAUGACCUGAUGCUGGUUAAGGGGGAAGUCAUUAUUCCACAUCACUACGAGUUCUAUUACUUCAUUGCCAACAGCGUACCCAGUUUUACACGGGCUGGCGGCCUAUUAUUUGACUACUCCAACAAAGCACCGCCGGCUCCCACUGCCGACAAUCUUCUGUCACGGCCAAACGAUGAUGAUCUUGAGGGGGCUGAUAGAGAUCCGACUCUCACAAAGGUUGUCGAUCGCCGGUGGUAUGAGCGCAAUAAGCACAUCUUCCCUGCAAGUUUAUGGCGGGAAUAUGAACCAGGAAAGGAAUUCGAAGAGAAGAUGGGCACCAUAAGGCGCGAUGCACAGGGAAAUACCUUCUUCUUAUCAUAAAAUAUUCAAGAGUAUUUUCAUAAACGCUUUCUCUUAAUUGUGAAAUACGUUCGGAUCUUCCAGG